AUGACAGCCUCAGCUCUCCGAGAUAACCUGCACAAGGAUGGCUUCGUGGUGAUCCGCCAGAUCCUAUCGCAGGACCAACUCAAUACCCUCCGCGAAGCCGCAUCCAGCACCACCACCCUAGCUCGCGAUGGGAAGUGGCCACACAUCCGCACCGUGGGCAAGCAGUUCCCACCGUGGCCAUCAUCCCCGGGGGCCGAAGGAAUCUGGGGCGUGCAAGGCCUGUUGAACCCUCAGCUUCCCGCGCACCGGGCGUUCACCGAGAGCUACUUCAGCGAUGCGGUGCUGGACAUUGCGAAGGAGCUGAUGGACUGCGAGGACGCGGACCUCGUCAUGGAGCUCUUCAACAUGCUGGUGCGCCCGGAACGGGACUUUGAGCUACGCUGGCACCGGGACGACAUCCCCGCCACGGCGACGCCGGAGGAGGAGAUGCAGCGGCUGAGCGAGCCGGAGUGGCACACCCAGUGGAACCUCGCGCUCUACGAUGACGACAGCCUCGUCGUAGUCCCGGGGUCCCAUGCGAGGGCAAGGACGGAGAAGGAGAGGAACGCCGACCCAUUCGAGAAGGAGUUACCUGGCCAGCUAGUCGUGCACCUGGAGGCGGGAGAUGUGGCUUUCUAUAACAAUAACAUCGUCCAUAGGGGAGUGUAUUCUUCGCACAAGGAGAGAAUGAGUCUUCAUGGAUCUGUAGGCCAUGCCGGCGGCAGCAAGUUGAGAGCACGGAACGUGUUGCAGCACGGGAUAGGAGCUUGGGUAGAUCAUUGUGAUUUCAGCUUCCUGGAUGACAAGCAGAGAAGCAGAGCUGAGGCAAUGAGGGAGAGACUGAUCAAAUUGGGCAAGGAAAGCGGCGAUGUUGGAUAUUCGUUGCAGGGUUGA